GGGGAGGGGGAAACGGAGGAGGGUGAGGGAGCUGUGAAGAAGGCGGCCAGGGAUCAGCAGAAAUCACUUUAAAAAAAAAAAAUACAACUCUUGUGUAUUCCUCCCGAAGAUACUACUUUCCACUUCGAGCAAAUCUGCCCGGAAAGUUUCCAGCCCAAGAAUCUGGGUCUUGCAAGCCCGGAGUGUGCAUCGUGGCCCUGGAAAACGUCCUUUCUUUAAAAUGCAAUUUUUCUUUCACUUUAAGAAAUAUAUCUUUUUUGUCUCGACCCAAAAAGAAAUAUAGGUGUGUGCAAAUUACAGGCAGUGUUCCUUCAGUCAGCGCAUCGUGGAGUCGCUGUGUGCGCGUGGGUUAGACCUUCUUGUCCUGGCCGCGUGUCUAAGUCUGGCUUUCCUUCUCUCCAGGCACUGGGGUAGGAAACCUGUGCCCGGUCCUCGAGGGCCUCUGCAGAAAGCCGUGUGUUGGGCUGCAUGACCUCUGCCUGGGAGCAGAGUGGCUCCUACCUGGGGCUGGAAGGCAGUUCACAGGAGUUGGGGGAGAUCUUAGCAGUGGAGGCGGAGGCGGGGGAAGUGUGCUCCUGCGUUUGGUGACACGUCCCCUUUGGAGGCGCCCGCGGCCCCCGCCUGUCUGUAAGUCUGUAAGGGGGGAGGGGGGCAGCCUGGCCCCUGGACAGCGUCAGACCGCCUGGAAAAAAGUCCCCCGGGGUUCCGGCUGUAUCCCACCUGCUGGGGACAGUGUUGCGGAGCAGAUAGGAGCGAUAAACAGUGAAAGCAAAGCGCAGUGCUGUCUGCCAUUCUGCUGGAGGUGAGCAGAUCCGGUUUCCAGCUCUGCCUCGUUUUACGAAGUGGGAACUGGGAGGUGUUUGUCACCUGCCUUGUUCGCGCUGGCUCUCUUUAAAAAACGGAGAUUGGAUAAAGGAGUUCAGAUGUGUUCUAAGCCUGCUGGAGUGACUACACUUUCAAGACCUGAUGGAGGGCAGAGCUCAGAGUGGAAACGGGUCACAGCCCUUGCUGCAGGCACCCCGUGACAGUGGCAGGCAGCGUGGGGAGCCAGACCUCAGAGACACCCUCACCCAGCAAGUGCAUGUUUUGUCUCUGGAUCAGAUCAGAGCCAUCCGAAACACCAAUGAGUACACAGAGGGGCCUACUGUGGUGCCAAGACCUGGGCUCAAGCCUGCUCCUCGCCCCUCCACUCAGCACAAACAUGAGAGGCUGCAUGGUCUGCCUGAGCACCGACAGCCUCCCAGACUCCAGCACUCGCAGGGCCAUUCUUCUGCUCGAGCCCCUCUGUCCAGGUCCAUCAGCACGGUCAGCUCAGGGUCACGGAGCAGUACAAGGACAAGUACCAGCAGCAACUCCUCUGAACAGAGACUGUUAGGACCAUCCUUCUCCUCGGGGCCCAUUGCUGACGGAAUAAUCCGGGUGCAGCCCAAAUCUGAGCUCAAGCCAGGUGAGCUUAAGCCCCUGAGCAAGGAAGAUUUGGGCUUGCAUGCCUACAGGUGUGAGGACUGUGGCAAGUGCAAAUGUAAGGAGUGCACCUACCCGAGGCCUCUGCCAUCAGACUGGAUCUGCGACAAGCAGUGCCUUUGCUCAGCCCAGAACGUGAUUGACUAUGGGACUUGCGUGUGCUGUGUGAAAGGUCUCUUCUAUCACUGUUCUAAUGAUGAUGAGGACAACUGUGCUGACAACCCGUGUUCCUGCAGCCAGUCUCACUGUUGUACACGGUGGUCAGCCAUGGGUGUCAUGUCCCUCUUUUUGCCUUGUUUAUGGUGUUACCUUCCAGCCAAGGGUUGCCUUAAAUUGUGCCAGGGUUGUUAUGACCGGGUUAACAGGCCUGGCUGCCGUUGUAAAAAUUCAAACACAGUUUGCUGCAAAGUUCCCACUGUCCCCCCCAGGAACUUUGAAAAACCGACAUAGCAUCAUUAAUCAGGAAUAUUACAGUAAUAAGGAUUUUUUUUUUUUAACCCACAUAUGCAACCAACUAAAACAGUUAUAAUCUUGGCACUGUUAAUAGAGGGUUGGGAUAGUCUUUGCUGUUUGCAGUGAAAUGCUUUUUGUCCAUGUGCCAUUUUAACUGAUAUGCUUGUUAGAACUCAGCUAAUAGAGCUCAAAGUAUAAGAUACAGAACUUGGUGACCCACGUAUUGCAUAAGCUAAAGCAACACAGACACUCCUAGGCAAAGUUUUUGUUUGUGAAUAGUUCUUGCAAAAUUUGUAAAUUAGCAGAUGACUUUUUUUCAUUGUUUUCUCCAGAGAUAAUGUGCUAUAUUUUUGUAUAUACAGUAAUAUUUGCAACUGUGAAAAACAAGUUGUGCCAUAGUCCAUGGCACAGUCACAAAAUAUUAUACUAAUAUGUUGUACAUUCGGAAGAAUGUGAAUCAAUCAGUAUGUUUUUAGAUUGUAUUUUGCCUUACAGAAAGCCUUUAUUGUAAGACUCUGAUUUCCCUUUGGACUUCAUGUAUAUUGUACAGUUACAGUAAAAUUCAACCUUUAUUUUCUAAUUUUUUCAACAUAUUGUUUAGUGUAAAGAAUAUUUAUUUGAAGUUUUAUUAUUUUAUAAAAAAGAAUAUUUAUUUUAAGAGGCAUCUUACAAAUUUUGCCCCUUUUAUGAGGAUGUGAUAGUUGCUGCAAAGGAGGGGUUACAGAUGCAUAUGUUCAAUAUAAAAUAGAAAAUAUAUUAACGUUUGAAAUUAAA